ACCUACAGCAGUGAAUUCUUUUGUCCGAAAGCGAUUGACAGGCGCUGGGUUGAUGCAUCCAUCCCCAACACUGAGUUAUGCCAUCAAGUGCAGAGCUGAAUUGCUGCCGGGACAUUCUUAGCUUAUGCAACCACUUCCUUCGAGGCAACUUGGGAAAAAGUCUGGAGAGUUCCGUCUUUGCGCCAAUUCAAGGGUUGACAGUGAGUGCGUCGCCACAUUCAUCCUCGAGCCUUGCACCAAGUCCGCCAAAGAAGCUCGGCCCGCGGCCCGGCUACCAAUAAGCAGGUCUAGAACUCAAUCUAGACACUGAAUCAAGCAUGGAGUCCACGACGACGACAUUCGACUUUGAUAACAUCAUCAACUUUCGCGACGUAGGCGAGACCGUCAAUGCCUUUCUAGCCAAGAGGUUUGUAAAGGAGGGGCUCUUCUUCCGCUCCGCACGCCCAGAUGAUGCAUCGCUACACGACAGGAAGCUCCUGCGAGACGACCUCGGCAUCCGUACAGUAAUGGAUCUCAGGACCAAAACGGAACAUGACAGACAAUCCAAAAUGCGCCAAGCCGCCCUGGCAGGUACAGGCCCGGCGCUUCUGAGAUCCAACGAUGCGCUAGCUGAGCCACUCAAGAUACCUGGGCUCCAGUACCGCGAGGUCCGCAUCACCGGCCGUGCUUUUGAACGCCAUCUGCUGAGACAGCUGACUUGGCUCAGCUGGUUCAAAGUAAUCUUCUUGUUCAUCCUGGGCUUUCGCAUAGAGGCGGUAGCCAUUCUUGGCCGCGAGGUCAUGAACCCGCGCGGCCUAUCCGGCUUGGCCGUCGACACGCUCGACAACUCUGGGGCCGAGGUCGCCGAGGCGCUGCGCUGCCUUGUGGAACCUGGUGGCCUUCCUGUCCUGGUCCACUGCACGCAGGGCAAGGACCGCACCGGUAUCAUCGUUAUCCUCGUCCUCAUGAUCCUGGGCGUGCCGCUUGCCGCCAUUGAGCACGAUUACAGACUCUCGGACGAGGGGCUGGCAUCGGAGAAGGAACAGCGCAUUGCCGAAAUCCAUGAGAUUGGGCUCACCGAAGAGUGGGCCGUCGUUGCACCGAAUAUGAUACCGGCAGUGGCAGGCCACCUCGACUCCAGGUAUGGCGGGCUUGAGUCUUAUUUAGACCGGAUUGGGUUUAGCGACGACGAACGUGCAAGACUUAGAGAGCUUCUGGCAUAUUGAUAGCACAAGUACAUGAGGAAAGCGAUAUGAUCAAACAAGGUCUAAAAGGUCAUAUAGGAAGUGAAAUAUUUGUUUUUGGGUAUCAUCAAAACUCCUGGGCAUAAAUAAACCACCCCGUUUAACGUGUCUAUCA